GUUGAGUUCAGUGAGUUGAACUGCAGCAUUUCUGAGUUCAUCCGUUCACUCCAACCUCACCAACUUCUGUUGUAAACUUUCCCUCCAGGACACGUGACAAUGCAUUUCUUGAAUAUAUAUCCCAGCUGCAGGAGCGCAAAGCUUUCAGAACGCCCGGCAUUUGGGAGAGAGAUUUCUGGUGGACCUUGUGCUAGAAGGAAUCCAGGAUUGCACUUGGAUUUCCCCACCCCCGUCUCUUAGGAGCCAGGUUGUAAAAGCACGACUUUGAUACCCAGGAUGGGUGAUGCAGUUGCUAACACUUCCUUGCCCGAAACAUCCAGCUCCCCACCCCAGCCCCAGGCCUCGGCCAGUAUAGGCGGGAGUGGUAGCGAGUACUUUUAUGUCCUGGUUGUCAUGUCCUUCUACGGCAUCUUCUUGAUUGGAAUCAUGCUGGGCUACAUGAAAUCAAAAAGGAGGGAGAAAAAAUCCAACCUGCUUCUUCUCUACAAGGAUGAAGAGAGGCUCUGGGGGGAAGCCAUGAAGCCUCUCCCCAUCGUGUCGGGGCUGAGGUCAACCCAGGUGCCCAUGAUGUUGAACAUCCUUCAGGAGAGCAUGGGGCCGGCUCUCUCCUGCACCAUCUGCUCCAUGGAGGCGGGCAGCGUGAGCUCCGAAUCAUCUUCACCUGAUGUGCAUUUCACCAUCCAGGAGGAAGUGCCCGAUGAUGAGCUGGGAGAGACCUCAGAGACACCCCUCAACGAAAGCAGCGAGGGGUCUUCGGAGAACAUCCCCCAGAAUUCCUAGCACCCCAGGUGACCUCCAGAGGUGGCCCUGUUAGCCAGCACACUUAGCAAGAGGACGGAGAUAUGCCCAGUGUCGGAUCCGACGUCUUCCGUGCAGCUGCCGCUUUAGACAGACUCAUGCCUGGUCCCUGCCAUCGGUGCCAGGGCAGUGGCUCAUCCUGAGGUGGCAGGAUCAAGGAGUCCAAUGAUGUGCUUGUGACCUGGACUUGGCAUUGAAAAAGUCCUGCCAAGAGCUACAGUUUGUAUAUUUAAUUUCCGUGCCUCGGUUGCACCUGAUCAGAGCAUGGUACAGUGACAUUUCUCUUAGUUCCCCGGAUGCUUGUCAUAGUUGUUACAUCAUCUGCCCUCGCCCCAGUGCUGUAGGAUGCCUGGAAGGGACCUCCGAGGUCCUGGCUCUAGACUCUUCUUUGAUGGAAGAGAAAACUGAGGCUGGGAAAAGCUAAAUGGCAUCACCUAAAAUCAAAAGGUACUAAGUGGACAAGCUGGGAUUGGUAUUGACUCUCCCCAGCCCUCUUUCCCCUGCCUGUCCGGACAGUGGCAAGAAAGUGCUUAAUAUCAGGGAAUCCCUGAUCCCCCUCGAGCUCUGGCCUCCCUGAUGACUCUCAGCUCACAGACCAGGGCAGCCUUCUUGCAAAGCCCUUGGCAGGUUAGGAAGACAAGUCUGGCAAGCCAAGUUUGACAGUGAAAGGUGAUCAUUUGAACCCGAUGGUCGCAUCACGUGUACUGUAAGAACUCUUUAACUACUUAAAAAUAUUGGAGACCAUUGAAAUGAUUGACCAUCUGGGUCCGGACGUGCCACCUCUGGCCUUUUGAUAUCGGUCUCUGCUUUGGGGGAUUAGCUCCUUGCAGGUAGGUAGAACCCAUCCAGGGAUCCUUCCUUUCCCCUCCAACUGGAGGUCUGGCUGGAGAACUGUUCCCAACGCCCAGAUGUCGUGGUGUGUUGUUCCGGCUGUCACCGUGGAGGCCAGAGCAUUGGGGUCGGCACCCCUUUCCUUUCCUAGCCAGCUUUCACUGCAUGACAGACGUAAUAGGGGCCUUCUACAUGUGGUUCUUUAUCACGUAGCUGGGAGCAGGAAGGGCAUUCUCACACGGAGAUCCGGGGAAUGGGGGGCCAAAUCCCGUGGCCUCUGGUUCCUGGUUCUACCACUCGUUUGCUGUGUGGUCCUGGGCAUUGGCCCAAAGCCUCCAUGUCCUCAUUUGGCAAAUGAGUUUCAUAAUGAUACUUACUCCCCAGAGAUGUGGGGGAGGAUGUCUGUAGAUUUUUAAGGCUCUGCAAUAAAUACUUCCCUGCCUGGGGUGAAGGAGGCUUUGGGGAGUACAAAAUAUUCUUCCCAUAGUUAGUGUUGGGCUUAGGGGUGUGGAUAAAGGAGUAGAUGGAGACUCAGGCUCCUGGUGCCCAGGGGAACUCGGUUUUCCCAGGAAGGAAUCUAGGAGACUGACAACUCUUUGGUCUGGAAAGCGUCCUGAGAUUCCCUGGGAAUGGGGUAUGCAGAAUGCUGGGAGGCUAAUAUUUGGAUGAAUUUGCCAGUGUCUCAAGCAAAAGGAAUUGGAAGUUUCAAAGAAUGAUGCCCAGUAAUGCUUUCCCAAAUGCCUUCACGUAUUCCUCUAUUAAAAUAGCUUUGUGAUGGGUCCUUUUUGACUCUCAGAGCCUAGAAGAAAGGGAGGACAUUUGAGACACAGAGUAAGAAAGGGGAAAAAUGAACAGAAGGGAGAUCACUUUCUUACAGCUGCGUUGUUUGUAGAGGAGGGAGGGGGUUGUAGGAAAGGAAGAAGGGGUAGCAGGAAGGAGCCCGGAUGAGUGGGAUGGAGGAAGGAGGCUGCAGAAAACUCUACUCCCUGUGCAAGGGUUAACAGCUUGAAAGUUGGGUCAUCACUCUGCUAUAUCAGAAAGACACAAGAAAUUUAUGUUUGGGAGGAGGAAAAAAAGGACCCUUUCGGUCACUUAAAAUGCAAAGGGUAGAUUUACUCCAAAGGGGGCUGUUUUAGUUUGAAAGAAGCCAAGUUAAGUUUGGCCCCUUGCCUGGAAUCACUUGAAUUCUGAAACUUUACUGAGAUCGACAGACUUGUGACUUGUCACAUUUUCCAUUACUUGCUUCAUCCCUGAGGUUUGGUGCAAGUUAUCUGUGCCUAUGAAACAGACAUGGUGUACAUAUUGACGAUUGUACUGAGUUGUAUAGAAUUGUCUCUUGUAUUUAACAGUUUGUAUUUUUCACAAAAUUUUUAUUUAACUAAAUAAACACAUUUCCCUCUGA